AUGGAGGAAAUUACUGAAACGAGUGCUUUGUUAGAAAAUACUUCUGUUAUGAUAAACAUACACGUGAAUAACGCUGUAUCUUUCCCUCUUAUGGGACACGCCAUGCUUGGAAGCCUCCUGGUCUUGUCAAUGGUGGUCGGAAUUUGUGCCAAUUCUGUAGGUAUUGUGAUAUUUUACAAAAACAAGAAUUUAAGGUCACCGACAAACCUUUUUAUAGCGAGUCUCGCGUUCUGUGACCUCUUGAUGCUAGUUUUGGCAACUCCGCUUCCGACUGCUUCUAGCUUCGCUAAUCGUUGGAUUUGGGGGCAUGCUGGAUGUGUGUUUGAGGGAUUCCUUGUUUUUUUUCUUGGAUUGACCAGUCUUUAUCUCCUAUGCGCGAUAUCUAUUGACCGUUACAUCGUCAUCGCUAUGCCACUGAACAAUGCUUUGAUCACAAAAUGUCGUGCCAUUUGCUCCGUGCUUGCAUGUUACGGUUUGGGUUUUUUUUGGGCAACACUUCCUCUGUUAGGAUGGAAUUCUUAUCAACUUGAGGGACUUAUGACGUCAUGCAGCGUGCUAUGGGACACGAAAAAACCGGCGGAUUACAGUUACAAUGUUGUUAUUUUCUUUACCUGUUUCAUGUUACCAGUUAUCAUCAUGUCCUUCUGUUAUUAUAAAGUGUAUCGCACGGUUCGAGCGGUGUCUCGAAACAAUCAAUGGGACAUUAACAAUCGUAUGACUGAAAGAAAAUUGAAAGUAGAACGGAAGAUUUCCAGGACGAUACUCAUCAUGAUUGGAGUGUUCCUGGGUUGCUGGUCGCCAUAUGCUAUAGUCUCGUUUUGGGCGGCAUUUGGAGUUGCCAACGAUAUUCCUGUAGGUGUGACGGGAAUACCACCUUUCAUUGCAAAAACGUCUUCUGUGUGGAACCCAAUCAUCUACAUAUGUACAAACAGGCAGUUCCGAACGGCCUUCUUGCAUAUCCUUCCUUGUGUCAGCUUACGAAGAGAACAAGCUGAAUCAAGCGAAAUGAUUCAUGUCGGUUCUUCUCGAGUCGUUGCCAUCGACAGUCCAACUCCGCCAUUACGACAGCAGCUCAACUGUUUGACCAACCAAAAUGAGAGACCUCAUCUACCAAGUGGCAAGAACGUAAUAUUUGAUGACGUCGUCGAGGAAUCCAGAGUUGAGCCGAUUAAUGUCCCUAAACAAGAAAUGGGCGACGUUUAA